AAGACACUGUCCAAAUAGUCAAACAGCAAUAUAAUGUUCAUUAAAGCAGAAAUAUCAGGAGAUCUGUGAAGAAAUUAACGGACUUUGACUGUAAGGUCAAUGAAAUUAGAAGUUAAUUUUUCACUGAGUCUGUGGCAUAAGAAAAACAGUAAUACCGACUUUGUCCAGAAGAUGGCAGCAACAGAACUUAUUGGAUCUCAGCUGCCGGAAAGUCAUCAGGAAGAAGAAAGAGUUUCUGUUGUUGUUCUUCCGGUAUGUCACAGCAAUGGAAGCUAACGGGGUUUGCUAGCUACUUUUGUUUUUGCUUCUGUUUGAGCUGAAUAUAUGAUUAUCAGCGGCAACAAUGUCUUCAUUUUCGUCUCAGAGAGAAUUUACCAACAAGCUUUUAAGUCCUGCUGAAGACACGUUCACGGAUAAUAAAGAAAUCAUCGUAAAGUCCGAGGAAGAGCUCAAUGGCAGCUUGGAUGUCAGCGAAACAACCCAAAUAUUUGUUCACAGUACAGAAAAAGGGACAGAGGAAGUGACUUCAGUAGAGAUGAGUGAUCAGAGGCAGAGUCAGAGGGUGAAGCAGCAUCCAGAUAUACGACAGCAUCAUGUCAAGACAGAGGAUUUUUACGACCAGAUAAGGAACUCCUGUUUGGAUCCGAAGAAACCAGAUCCUCAUGUAAUGAAGGAAGAGGAGGAUGAGCUACAUCUUCAGAUAAAAGAGGAAGGGAAUGAACUCUGUAUCAGUCAGGAUGUGCUGAAGCAGGAAAGUGAAACCUUCCCUGUGUAUUCUACUAAUGAAGAAAAAUACUGCAGAGAACCCAAAAAUACUGCAGAGAACUGCAGAGGACCCAAACUAAUCACGGACCAACUCCACUCUCAUAAUGGUGGUUCUGAGAACCAAGAUUGGGAAGAAAGCAAUGAUGAAGACACAGAAUUGAGCAGUGAUGAGGAGCCAAAGCAAAAUGGAAGAUAUCAGGAAACCAGAGGCAAGUUUCACAAGAUGGACACUAAAACGUACAGUGCAAGACAACGUAUUCCUCUGGCCCUCGUACCAGUAAAUCCUCAAGACUCUGAUGCAGAUCUGAGUGAUGCUGAUGAUGACGACCCAGCACUGGAUCCCGACUAUCAGCCCACCCAGGCAGAAGAUUCAGCCGAUAAUUCUUUUGAAUCCCUGGAUGAAGAAGAGUCUCCUUCAAAAGGCACAUCGUCUGUUCAGCCACCUCUUAAGAGGCACAAAAAAGGCAAUAACAACCUAAAAACUGUUUGUCUGGAGGACGUAGAGGACCCAUCCAACCCAAGUUCCCUCUCAAGUCAAAACAAAAGUACAGGAAGAAUCUGGAAGUAUGAAGACAUUGAGGAAUUUGAGGCUCCAAAUCCAAGACUUGAACCCCCCAAGACUCUGCAGACACCCUUCCAGUACUUCAAAAUGCUCUUCACUGAUGGGAUGAUUGAACAUAUUGCUCAUCAUACAAAUCUGCACUCUGCUCAGAAGUUGGGAGAUUCAAUUAAGACUAGCCCCAAAGAAAUUGAGGACUUUAUAGCAAUCCUUCUCCUAAUGGGUGUUUUCAACUUCCCAUCUCUGGCGGAUUACUGGCACCAUGAGUCACGCUUCAGCGUGGUAGCUGAUACUAUGUCAAGGAAAAGAUUCCAGCUGCUACGGCGGUUCAUUCAUUUCAGUGAUAAUCAGCAGAGCAGUGAGCAUCCAGACCGAUUUUUCAAAAUCCGCCCAUUCUUUGAGAUGUUUCGAAAACAAUGUCUACUGAUACCAUCUACUUACAAGCAGAGUGUAGACGAGGUCAUGGUAGCAUAUAAAGGCACAAAGGCUCGCAGUCUCCACCAGUGUUCUACGAACAAGCCAGAUAAGUGGGGCUUCAAAUUGUUUUGUCGAGCAAGUUCAUCUGGCAUUAUCCACGACUUGCUCCUGUACCAAGGGGUAUCCACAUUCUUCAAUGUUGCCCUCAGUGAACAGGAAGAAAAGCUCCCUCUAGAAGCCAAAUUGAUGACAACACUAUGCAAAACCAUAAACCAGCCAACACUUUCUGUUGUCUUCUGUGGCAUCUUCUUUACAAGUUUCAGCUUGAUCCAGAGCUUGCACACAUCUUUGGGCGUCAAGUGGAUUGGUGCCAUACGACCAAACUGCACUGGUGGAGCUCCUUUGAUGGCAGACAAAGAACUAAUGAAGAAAGGCCGUGGAGCCUAUGAUUACAGGUCUGCUGAAGGGGUGAUUGCAGUAAAAUGGUUUGACAAGAAAUGUGUCAGCCUCCUGAGCAAUGCCUAUGGGAUCAUGCCUCUUUCAACUGUCAACCGGUGGAACAAGAAAUCUAGAAGAAAGAUCGCCAUCUCAUGCCCAUCACUUAUCCGUGCUUACAACGAGCACAUAGGAGGAAUUGAUCUUUCUGAAAUGCUGGUACACCUUUACAAGACUCCAGCUAAGCCCGGGAGAUGGUAUAUUCCCCUAUUUGGAUACAUCCUUGACCUGUGCAUUGCAAAUUCCUGGCUGAUCUACAAGAGGGACUGUGGUCUUCUCAACCAGAAACUGAUGUCUAUCAAAAGGUUCCGGUUGGCUGUCGCCCACAGCUUGAAUCAGGCCAACAAGCCAGUCCCCAAAAAUGGUCUACCAUCGUUCACUUCUUCCUGCACCCUAAGAGCCCCUCGAUCAAAACCACAACCAGAUGUGCGCUAUGAUAAUUUGGGACACUGGCCAUUUAAUUGUCACAAGCGAGGACGAUGCAACCUAUGCCCCAAGGGUGUAUCAAGGUGGAAAUGUCAGAAGUGCAAUGUUUUCUUGUGUUUGAACACAAACAAGGAAUGCUUUGUGGCAUAUCAUCAAAAGUGAAUAAUGCUCAAAAAGCAGUAGCACCAUUGUACAAUCACAACAAUUAAGUGUGAUGAUUUGGGAAGUUUGGAUAUGCAGUGUUUUAAUAUGUUUGACACUACCUCAAAACGUGUGUGUUAUUUCCCUGCCAAAAAUGAUCAGUUUCUUCUGUUUUUAUUAAAUAUUUAUGUUUUGCAUAAGAGUGCUCAAUCAGAAAUCAAGUGAGAAUUUUUUUUUUGCUGUUGCACAUUGUUACAGAUACAGGCAACCUGACAUUUAUAACUGAAAGAUUUCAUUGUUUGAUACUGUAUUUUCCUUUGUUGAAAUGAAAAGAAGAAAUGUUUUAAGGCAUACUACUGGAAAUAAAGUAUAUCCAAUGCCGUUGACAUUUUCUUUACAAACUGAAAAAAAUGUUACUUUUUUACAGUUGGUUUUAUUUGUUUGCAAUUUUGUACCUUAGCCAGUUUGGUAUUUGUCAACAUUUUGAAAUGUAAAGGGUAUGUUAUAGAAGAAAAACUGUUUGGCACCCAAGUAAAUACAGAAGUAAAAACAAAACAAAAAAAACAGUUGUCUUUAGUGGUUAAGUUAAAGGGAUAACAAUAGUUUGAUUGUACUGGCAUGUCAUCCAGAAGAUGUUUCAGCAUGUCAAAACCUGUAGCCAAAAAUGAGGUCAGUGUUUCUGAUUUGUGUGUCAUAAAAAUCACCCUUGAAGUCAAAAUUCUGACUUGGAAAGCUGUAACUGCUUUACUAACUCAGACCUUUAUUUCCUAUAUGGCUGGACGCUUCUACGAGUCAAAAAAACUGUUGGAUCUUGUAACUGUUCACCAGCUUUUCUCUCUCAUUAAAACAUGUUGCACAUGA